AAAAAGUGUCUUAGUUCCCGGUCACCUGAGCUCCCGGCAACGCGGCUGCGGUAGUUUCGCGGAUACCAGCUCUUCUGAGAUCUUUUCUGGUCGCCUCAGUCUCUCUGCCUGCUCUUCGGCUCCGCCACCUCGAAACCUUCAAGGGCCUAUCAUUUACUUCCUGCCCUUUCCUAGCUGCGGACCGGACCGGGCCGAAUCGGGCCACUCGGGCGCGGUCCCUGACCAUGGCGUCCCUCUUCAAGAAGAAAACAGUGGAUGAUGUAAUAAAGGAACAGAAUCGAGAGUUACGGGGUACACAGAGAGCUAUAAUCAGAGAUCGAGCAGCUUUAGAGAAACAAGAAAAACAGCUGGAAUUAGAAAUUAAGAAAAUGGCCAAGAUUGGUAAUAAAGAAGCUUGCAGGGUUUUAGCCAAACAACUUGUCCAUUUGCGGAAACAGAAAACAAGAACCUUUGCUGUAAGUUCAAAAGUCACUUCUAUGUCCACACAAACAAAGGUGAUGAAUUCACAGAUGAAGAUGGCUGGAGCAAUGUCUACUACAGCAAAAACAAUGCAGGCAGUUAACAAGAAGAUGGAUCCACAAAAGACAUUACAAACAAUGCAGAAUUUCCAGAAGGAAAACAUGAAAAUGGAAAUGACUGAAGAAAUGAUCAAUGAUACACUGGAUGACAUCUUUGAUGGCUCUGAUGAUGAAGAGGAAAGUCAGGAUAUUGUGAAUCAAGUUCUUGAUGAAAUUGGAAUUGAAAUCUCUGGAAAGAUGGCCAAAGCUCCGUCAGCUGCCCGAAGUCUACCAUCUGCUUCUACUUCAAAGGCAACAAUCUCUGAUGAAGAGAUUGAAAGGCAACUCAAAGCCUUAGGAGUAGAUUAGACACUAAAGUCAUAAUAUUUUUGCUUAUAUAAUAUUCUUUAGUAAAAGCCAGGCGCCAUACAGAUUCAUUUUACAAACCAAGUUUAUUUUGCAAAAAAUGAAGACCAUGAGUGAACAAUUGUUUCCUAACCCAUGGCUAUUUUGAAUCUUUUGCCAAAGAAUGACAAUGUUGCA